AGCACAGUCAGCUGAAAUCCAGAGCGCAGCUCAGAACCUCAGAGAGGGGAAGCGGACCAAAAACGCAGCAGCUUCAGCCGGGAAAACAUCGUCAGACCUGUGUGUCAUGGAAUCCAUCCAUGAAACACAUAUUUCGAAUGGCCAAAUGAGAGCUUUAAAUCUGGAGGACGGAGGAGUGCUUUAAAAUCUUCUUCUAACCUCGCUUUAUUGAGUCUUUUUGGUUUGCUAUUUUUCCAUCGCGAGUGACGUUACACAGGGACAAUCCAUCUCUCGGGGCAGCCUGUCUGAAGCGGAUCAUGCCCCCUAGAUAGCAGCCUCAUCCUCCUCUCCACUCCCCCUCCCUGCCCUUGGCCCCUUCCUUUACCUUCCUGGUCCAGCGCCACCACUGCCACCUGUGUCACCACAGCCAUCAUGCCGCCCAGGAAGAGGACGCGGGCGGGCCUGGGCUUCCUGUGCUGCUUUGGCAGCAGUGAGCCCCCCGAGAUCAACCUGAAGGACAGUGUGCCCCUGCAGCUGCUGGAGUUCAGCGCCCCCAUGCCGCCCGCCGAGGAGCUGCAUGCGCGUUUCUCCGAACUGGUGGAUGAACUGGACCUGACGGAUAAGAACAGGGAGGCCAUGUUCGCUCUGGCCGAUGAGAAGAAAUGGCAAAUCUACUGCAGCAAGAAGAAGGAGCAAGAGGACCCCAACAAGCUGGCCACCAGCUGGCCCGACUACUACAUUGACCGCAUCAACUCCAUGGCUGCUAUGCAGACCUUGUUUGCCUUCGAUGAGGAGGAAAUGGAAAUGAGGAACAAGGUGGUAGAAGAUCUGAAGACAGCACUUCGGACUCAGCCGAUGAGGUUUGUCACGCGCUUCAUUGAGCUGGAUGGCCUCACGUGCCUGCUCAACUUCCUGCGCAGCAUGGACUACGAGACGUCAGAGAGCCGCGUCCACACCUCGGUCAUUGGCUGCAUCAAGGCCCUGAUGAACAACUCACAGGGCCGGGCACACGUCCUGGCCCACCCGCAGAGCAUCAACACCAUCUCGCAGAGCCUGCGGACGGAGAACGUCAAGACAAAAGUGGCGGUGCUGGAGAUCCUCGGGGCGGUGUGCCUGGUGCCCGAUGGACACAAGAAGGUGCUGCAGGCCAUGGCACACUACCAGAAAUAUGCUGCUGAAAGGACUCGCUUCCAGACACUGCUGAAUGAGCUGGACAGGAGUACAGGCCGCUACAGAGACGAGGUCAACUUGAAGACAGCCAUCAUGUCCUUCAUCAAUGCUGUGCUGAACGCUGGAGCUGGGGAGGACAACCUGGAGUUUCGCCUCCACCUAAGGUACGAGUUCCUGAUGUUGGGUAUCCAGCCAGUCAUCGACAAGCUCCGAGAACAUGAAAACGCCACUCUGGACAGGCAUUUGGAUUUCUUUGAGAUGGUGCGGAAUGAGGAUGACUCAGAGCUGGCCAAAAGAUUUGACAUGACCCAUGUAGAUACCAAGAGUGCCGGUGCCAUGUUUGAGCUGGUCAAGAAGAAGCUGAGCCACACAGAUUCCUACCCCCACCUCAUCUCCAUCCUCCAACACUGCCUGCAGAUGCCCUAUAAGCGUGGUGGCGGCAGCCUGCAGCAUUGGCAGCUCUUAGACAGGAUCCUCCAGCAGAUAGUCCUACAGGACGACAAGGGCGAGGACCCCGACAUCUCCCCUCUGGACAACUUCAGUGUCAAGAACAUCAUUCGCCUGUUGGUCAAUGAGAAUGAGGUGAAACAGUGGCGAGACCAGGCAGAGAAGUUCAGGAAAGAUCACGUAGAGCUGCUAGCUAAACUAGAGAGGAAGGAACGGGAGUGCGAAACCAAGACCCACGAGAAGGAUGAGAUGAUGAAGACUUUGAACAAGAUGAAGGACAAGCUACAGCGUGAGGGCGUGGAGCUGCGCUCAGCCAGGGAGCAAGUCCUGGAUCUAUCGUCGCGCAUCAAUGACAUAGCUGGUGGCAGCGUGUCUUUCCCUCCUCCUCCCCCUCCUGGCGGUCCCGUGCCUCCCCCUCCGCUGCCUGUGAUUGGUGGCUUCCCUCCGCCGCCACCUCCGCUACCGUUCAGCUGCCCGCCACCUCCACCGCCCCCGCCGCCUCCCGGCGCCCCGCCUCCUCCGCCAGGAGCCCCUCCCAUGUUUGGAGCCCCGCCCCCUCCCAUUCCCUCUUCCUUCAACUCGGCGACCACCCAGCACUCUAAGUCCAUCCCUCAGCCUUCGCAUCCGCUGAAGUCCUUCAACUGGUCCAAACUGGGAGAGAACGUGAUCAAUGGCACCAUCUGGAAUGACAUUGAUGACCUGAGAGCUUUCAAGAUUCUUGACCUCAAGGACAUAGAGAAGAUGUUUUCAGCCUACCAGAGACAGCAGGACCUGCUCACUAACCAAUCCUUCAAACAGAAAGAGACGGGCUCAAUGGAUGACAUAUACGUCAGCACGCGGAAGGUCAAAGAGCUGUCGGUCAUCGACGGCAGACGUGCACAGAAUUGUGUCAUCCUGCUUUCAAAGUUAAAAAUGAGCAAUGAAGAGAUUAAGAGGGCAAUCCUGGAGAUGGAUGAGAGAGAAGAGCUGGCCAAAGAUAUGCUGGAGCAGCUGCUGAAGUUUAUCCCAGAGAAAAGUGACAUCGACCUGUUGGAGGAGCACAAACACGAGCUGGAGCGCAUGGCCCGGGCCGAUCGCUUCCUCUUUGAAAUGAGCAGAAUUGACCACUACCAGCAGAGACUGCAGGCGCUGUUCUUUAAGAAGAAGUUUGCGGAGCGUCUCGGUGAAACCAAGCCGAAAGUUGAAGCCAUCCUGAACGCGUCCAGGGAGGUGGUUCGCAGCAAGCGGCUGACUCAGAUCCUGGAAGUGGUGCUGGCCUUCGGCAACUUCAUGAACAAGGGCCAGAGAGGCAAUGCCUACGGCUUCAAGGUCUCCAGCCUCAACAAGAUCGCCGACACCAAGUCCAGCAUAGACAGGAACAUCACCAUGCUGCACUACCUGAUCAUGAUCUUUGAAAAGAACUACCCGGACACGCUGCACAUCCAGGGCGACCUCGGCAGCGUGCCAGAGGCUGCCAAAGUCAAUUUGGCUGAGUUGGAAAAAGAGGUGCACAAUAUCAGAAGCGGACUUAAGGCUCUGGAGGCGGAGCUGCACUACCAGCAGAGCAGGACGAGGGAACGUGGGGAUAAGUUCGUGGCUGUGAUCGGUGACUUCAUCACCGUGGCGGGCUUCAGCUUCUCCGAACUAGAGGACCAGCUGAGUGAAGCCAGGGACAAGUUUUCCAAAUCUCUGAAGCACUUUGGGGAGGACGAAGGAAGGAUGCAGCCGGACGAGUUCUUCGGGAUCUUCGACACCUUCUUGCAGUCGUUCUGCGAAGCGCGGCAGGACCUGGAGAACAUGCAGCGGCGCAAGGACGAGGAGGAGCGGAGGGCACGCAUGGAGGCCAUGCUCAAAGAGCAGAGGGAGCGGGAGCGGCGGUCCAAGAAGACCGGAACCUCGGACGAGGUCGGCGGCGAGUUUGACGACCUGGUCUCAGCGCUGCGUUCCGGCGAGGUCUUCGACAAGGACCUGAACAAGUUCAAGCGUAACCGCAAGCGCUCAGUGAACCAGCUGGUGGAGGGUGGCGGCCGCGAACGGGCCGUCUCCAAGGUCAACUACUAGGGGGCCGGGUAAAGGAAGGGGGACACAAACACUAGACACCUAAAUUCUGCCGUGGUGUAGAUCUGUUAGCACCUUUAGUCCAGGGUCCUGGGACAGUGGCCAGUGACACUGGGGAGGAUUCAAACAAUGGCUGGGCUCGACGCGCGCGGACGGCCGCGCCAUUUUGAAGGACGCAACACUCUCGUCUGAUUGGUCUCGUUAAGCUCUUCCCAACCCGUUAGCCCUGGACGUUGUGUGAUCUCCUGAGCUGGACGGAGGUCGAUGGAAUGGACGGACAGACCACUGUGACACAUUUUCCCAUGUCUUAUGGCCGUCUCCUUUUAACACUGUGUCUUUCACUCCGUUUCUCACAGUUUUUUCUUUUUUUCUUUCCAAACCCGUCAGUGUUCCUCAGCAAGUCUUUUGGAGCUAGAGCAGCCCCAUCUUUUUUGCUUCCCGGCUCUUAAACACACAUGACAUGGGGAUCAGCCAGUCACACUGUACAUAGAUGCAAGACCAAGGGAAAGGUUGGGGCAAAAGGGACUAUGAGGCUACUCCAGGCAGAGAUAAAGAGAGAAAAAAUUGUGGGAAAAGGGGGGCGGGCUAAGCCAUAACCUCCACAGUCAUGGUUUGCUCAAGUAUUUCCCAGAAAAGCGAGUUCUUAGUCACAGAAUGGAUAUUUUCACGGACUUCCCACCCUACAAAGACGGACACGGGAGCUCGCCAAAUGCCCGAGUGCUUUGUAGGCUUCUGAAAGAGUGGAGGACGGAGACACGGUGGGAGGAUCCAUCCCAGUGGGCUCCUCCAGCACACGGCAUUCCCAGGCCGGAUGUACAUGCGUCCCGGCCUGCGAAUUCAGAGGAGACGACUCUUCUCGGCGUGAUCCACCCGAACACAAAAAAAAAAAAAAAAAAACGAAGAAAAAAAAAACGAUGACUGUGCCACAAGGGGUCAAGUCUCACCCGCGCUCUUCAGUGACCUCGACAUUGUUCUGGCCCUAACGCAGUGCCAAAGCAGAGAGGAAACAAAUGUAAAUGUAUUAAUACAAAAACAUACUGCAAUUAGACCUUGAUAUAUAUAUUUAUAUUUAGAUGCAGCAGAAGCUAAUUGCAAAGAUGUAGAGGUUUUUUUAUGUUUUUCAUGGCAUUUUGGGGGUUUUGUACACACAAUGCAUUGUUUGUCGGUGUUGCAAGUUCACAUUGCUGUUGAAGUGAAUUUCUAUACAUUUUGCGCUUUAUGUAAAAAAAAAAAAAGAAAAAGAAGAAAAGAUAAUUGCUUGUCCUUUUCACACCUGUAUGUCUCGUUUGCACUGUAGCUUUAUUCACAAACUUUGACACUCUGAGGUUUCCACACGCCGACCCACCGCGUCCCCUCUGUACCCAAACUACUUUUAUCUAUAACGAAGACAAGGAAGGAACGGCAUGAGGACCACGCUGUCUCCCCGCUCAGCGGUCUGAUUCACAUCUGAAUGUGUGUGCACUGUGUGCUAAAUCAUGUGGUGUCCCGGACAGAUCCAUCAGGGCACCCUCGAGUGCUCGGUCACCGUGGCUCAUCACACAGUAACUGUGUUAGUAUUUCGGUCGGGCGUCAUAAUAUCACGCCACCCCGUCUUUAACUGCAACGUCAGGCAAAAACGAAAGCACUUAAAGUCUGUAGACACUAACGGGACACUAACUGGAAGUCGUCGGCCUCAGAGAACAAAAUAGGGAAACUACCUGUUUUUUUUUCCUUCCCCGCUUCUCUCAUGUUUGUUUACGUCUGGUUAGAAACCGUCUCCAUGAUCAAUGAAAAGCCUGACAUGCUACUACCAACUUGUGUCCUCUUCCUUUUGCGUAUUCAAAUAGGUUUACUUACAGUAGGCACGAAGAAGGCUGGGAGGUGUGCUGUUAAACAUUUUAAAUCUUCGCGGAGAUGGAUAUAGAGCAGCUGUCGGGACACAGAGGAGGGCUGGAAGCGUCUGAACCUGGAACGUCUGUGGGUCAGGCGUCUUCCUGCUCCACGGUGCUUAGGAAGUCAAGGAGGCUGAUAGGCUCGGACUCCAUUAUGGGACAUCAAGUGACAGGGAGGAUCAGUUUUUAAACUGGAAACACACACCACAUAUGCACCGAGAGCAAACUACACAUUGAGUUCAAAUAAAAAUAUCGUGAAUAUGAUCAUUUUUCUUCCCAGAUGAUCAGUUAAAGUUGUUCCAUCCACGUGCAUGUUAAUAGGGCUUUUACAUGAGGUGUCCAUAAGUGCAGGAGGAGGACUGGUAUCGAUCUCCUCUGUUGGCCCAUCCAUGCCUGCGUACUAAUAAUCUAUCAAGAGAGGAGGGAAACAUUACAUUUUCAUGUGUUUGCAUUUAGAUUAAUUAAGAAAGGCUUGGACUUGAACAUCAGCCAGUUUAGUCUUUCCUCAUAAGCUUUGCAGAAUGACAGUAAAAAAAAAAGAGUCAAACCCACCCACCUCCAUCUCAAAAUCACAUGAUCCAUAUUUCAGAGAUGUGACAAAGCACAAGAAGGAAUUUGGUUGGGAGUUUGAUUUAAUUUUUUAUUUCCCGUAUGUCUGAAUGAACUGAGACACAAUAUGUCACACUCACUUCCUUACAGUAUGUACUUAAAUGUAUCUUUAGUAAUGACUAUCCCAGUUGGUCCUUGUCCAUUGGUUCUGCCAGCUUUCCUGUUUCCUGAAACACAAUGUAAUUUUCACCUCUAAGUGCCUCUGACCCUGUUUUCACACAUUCUGUUUUAGUGCUAGUCGCUUUGUCAAAAACACACAGUGUUUCCAUGGUCUCGAGGUUUAGGUUGGACUCUGACUAACUGGUGCCCUCUUGUGGUUUUCCCGACACAGAGUGUGACACUUUGACCUCUAGCACUAGGAAACAUUUACUCACAUGUCUCCCAAAUAACCCUAACCCCAUCUGGUGUUCUUCUGGCACGUCACCAGAGAGCGUUCACCCAUUACCUGUCCAGAGCAAACCCCGCUGCACUUAGCUUUAAGAACAGGAGUUCAUUCUUUCACAUUUUUAGCCAAAACGGAAGCAGAGCGACGCUGAUGUGGGCGUGUAAAGAUGACCUGAGAUAUUGCAGAGAGGAUCUUGGAGUUCCCAUGUCCCACACUUAUGAGAUUAACCGGUAAACCAAAAAGAUGGAACUCUCGGACACUUUUAAACAAAAUCAGAAAAAGCCCCUAAGGUCCUGAGGGGGAAAUAUGUCAUAUGAGCGCUUAUUCUUUAACCAGCAUCUCAUGUAUAUCUGAACUGUUGUAUUUUCCAACCCCUGCUCCUUUUUGUGAGUUAAUCCGAGUUAGUAUAUCCGACUUUGGCAGACCCCUUUAAACUCCUAAUCCAGAGCUUUAACCCGUAGUGUAGCGCAGAUUAUUUACUGGGGGGUGUUGCAACAUUGUCAGUAUUAUUACAUGUUUUGUGUUGUUACAUGUUUGGAAGUUUAUUUGGCCAUUGACUGGCUGAUUUUUUUUUUUUUUAAAGGGGGGGGGGGUUGGAGGUAGCGUAAAGAUGGAAACCAAGGAAUGAAAUUAGUAGCUUGUUCAAUGCACUUUUAUUAUGGGACAUUUCCAUUUGCAGCGCCAGGUUGACGGCCGAGACGCCUCCGAAAUGAUGAAGGGUGCAACAAAAGGGGCGGGGGGGUAAAAGAAGGCAAGGAAAAAACAUGGUGUGAAGAGGACAGACGGGAAAAAGGGCAAGUGAGUUAGGGGACCCCGGCUGGGCCGCAGGAGACACGUCCGGAGUCUGUCGGAUGGCGGAGAUGGAAUUGUGCACAAAGAGGUGACACUUCUACGUGGGAGGAGAGUGUAUUGAGUUUUAAAACUCCUCGCCUGCCUGUCACCUACUUUGUAGAAAAAGAAAAUAAAAAUGAGGGAGGGGCAACCUUGGGCUCUGUCACCAUCACAUUUCUCUCAAAUCAGACACUUGGCAUCGUCCUGCAUGUCUGAGAACGUGUGCUCGUGAUGUGUGGACUCUUAAUAGAAGAUUGCCCGCGACAUGGAACACGCCUGCUACACAAUCUGUACUGCCUGAGGAAAAAAAAGUUGCACCUGGUUUCAGAGGUUGUAUAAUUGUGAGGAGUCAGUAUUUUUUAUGGUUGGAAAAAAAAGUAUCCUCCACAGAAAGAUGUACAGUUGGAAAAAAAUGCAUUUUGUACACCAUUCGCGAUGUUUGAGAUACAAUUGAAAAAAAAAACUAUUGAAACGUUGAGGAAUGUUCCAUUGUCCUGUAUAUUGUACCUCUAUUUAUUUGCCUUAUUUAGUUUGCUAUAUUUUGUAUGUACACACCGCAUUACAACAAAAUGUUACAUUAAAAAUAUGAAUAAUUAAACUGUGGUCCGUGUAUGAUGGAUAGUUUUGAGACUUUUUUUCAUUUCUAUAAAUUUAUUUUUGUUUUGUAUUUCCUUUUUUUUUUCUCACCCUGUGUCUUUUGUAGGGUUACAAUAAAGUUUUGUCCCUUA